UCUCUUGAACAAAUUAAAAAAUAGAGUAUCUUAUUAAAUGGUAUUCCAGCCUCAACCAAAUAUCUUUUAUAUGACAAUAUUAUUGGAAAACUUUUUUUUUUUCAAUUUUGGAAUAAUCGAAGUCUGUGUAAACUGACUUGAACACAUCUAUUUUUUUUCUUUUUUUCCAGAUUCAAGUUAAAAGCAGGAAGGGAUCUUUGGUAGCUGUUGGAUGCUAUACCUAUACGUACGUACUGAAAGACUAAUUCUUCAUGCUUUAUGCAUAUGCUUGAUCAAUAUCGUUCUUAGUCGGACUCCUCUUGUGGUUGCUAGGAAGACAAAUCAUUAACUUCUUGCAAUAUCUUUCUGGACGCCACACCCCUGGCUUCUCACUCCUCUAAUCCUGGAGCCUAUAUAAGGAGUAGCCCCUUGCCACUCUAUAGCACAUACAGAGCUUAACUACUAUUUUCUCUUGCUAUUCAGCCAUUUAAAUUUCACUAGCUUAACUAAUAGUCUCUUCUUCUUCUUCUCCUUCUUCAAUUUCAAUAAUGUCUGCACAAGCGCAAGGAUCAGCAGGUACAUGGACUGCAGAGCAAAACAAGGCAUUUGAGAAGGCAUUGUCAGUGUAUGACAAAGACACCCCAGACCGUUGGUCCAACGUUGCUAAGGCUGUCGGAGGGAAUAAAACUGCUGAAGAGGUGAAGCGACAUUAUGAAACACUUGUCCAUGACAUCAUGUUCAUUGAGAGUGGUGGGGUGCCCUUCCCCAACUACAGGACCACUAAUUAAGGAUGUAAAAUCUGGGCCUCCAGCGAAGCAAUGAGGCAAAAAAAGAUGCAACCUUAAUUAAUUAAGCUACGACUAUUACAGAGCAUUUGCUUGCAAGAAAGUAACUCAACUACUAGUUACAGCUAAAAUAAUCAGAAUUUCGCGUUUAAUUUUCUUUUUGAAAAUUUAAGUGAAGUAUAUUAAUUUCUUUGUAUGUCCAAAUUAAUAGUAUUUGUGUUGUUGUUAUGAAUUUCAUUCAUGUAUUAUCUGAAGGAAGCAUUUGAAUUCCUUCUACCGUGUAAUAAUAUUCAUGUUUGAUCUCUUUCUAUAUGAAACGUGUUUUUUAA